AUGAACUCUCAAAAUGUGAAUCAAUACCAACAGCAGCAGGGCAUUACUGAGCCCUAUACAACUUAUCUGAAUUACCAGCACCUGCUGCCCGGCUACGGUGGCAAUGUCGCGGUUCAACAACAACAGCAUCACCAUGAUGCACAGGCUUCGCUGAGAUUGGCUGUCUCUGGCGCCGAAGAGAACCAGGAGCAGUUGAUUCAUAGACCGGUAUAUACUCAGCAAAAACCACUAACUGUGGCAAUAAGUAUCACAGAAGAGACAGAAGCCAGACCGACGCAAUCACCACAAAAAUCACAAAAGAAACGACCACGCACCAAUCCAAAAACCAGGCCAACAGCCACUCAAUCAACCGACCUACCGACAGUGCCAAUAGUAGACAGAGUUCCCUCCGGCAAAGAGCGGCGCCGCACACAGAUGCGCAUGGCCCAACGCGCCUACCGUCAACGCAAACAAAACGAGCUCUCAUCUCGCGCAAAACAACUCUCUGAAAGAGAUGACGUUAUUUUGCGCAUGAAAAAGGCGUUUGAUUUGUUGCAGGCGAGGCUAAUGGAGUCGGAUAUGUUGACUAUUUGUCCGAGGCUGGAGGGACCGAUGAUGGAGAUGGAGAGGGGAUUCGAGGCGUUGGGCCAGAUGGCAAAUGAUUCGGGGUCAGCGGCAGCGCCGGGGAUAGAGAGUGGGCAGGUUAAUAUGCCAGACAUAGAGACUGGCGUAGUCAAUCCAAACCAACAGCGGCAAUGGAUGAGCCCCGAUUUCGGGAGUGACAGCUCUGAUCCUUUUGACCCUUUGAAUCAACCGACUUAUCCAGUUUAUGGCACUACAGCACCUACGCAGACAUUCGACAUGCAGCAGCAAUACCCGGAUACAUAUCAACAGUAUACUGGUCGAGCUGUACCAAUGACGACAAUGAACGAGAUCUCUCUCCCUGCCCCGGCAUAUAUCCCACCACCGACAUCGUACAGUUUCCAAGAAACGACGUUUGCCCGUCGACUAAUGCGCAUAUGCGUCGAGCGCGCGCAUGAUGUCCUAGUAAGCGGAGGCCUAUCGACAUUAUCGCCGAAAGAAGCACGAGUCUUCAAACUGGCGUAUCGAAUCUGGAGCCGAGAUUAUCUCGUACAGAAGUUUCAAAUGGCGUUGACGGGUAUCAGCGAUUUAUACGAUCCGUCUGUUCCUUUUCUGCCGUUAGGAGGUGCGGGUACACAUUAUAUGCGAGAAUCGCCACCGCCGAUUUCGCAAUCUAUGUCUUCAUCGUCGGCCAUGAAUUACGAUCACCACAACCAGCAGCAUCUACCAGCAGAAUAUCUUGCAACAAGCGGUCCCUUAACAACACACACCGCACACAUCCGUCACAACGGGCCAGACACAAGUUUAAUCGGCAUCGUGUCCUCACUCGGUCUGCUGGAUGACGGCAGCGAAUGGUUCGACGCUCAAGACAUAGACGGGUAUUUGCAAGACAUGGGUAUAAGGUUAGAGCCGCAUUCGACGACGUACCGGUUCUCGGUACCUGCAAAUCCGGGUAUUGCGUCGAGGAAGACGGUAAUGGGUCAGAACCCGCUCGCCGGCAUAGUCAAUCAAAGCGCUGGGGGGAAUAUGAUGGGCCAGGAAUAUGUUCCUGCUUAUGUGGAUAUAGAAAGGUUCAUUAAUUCACUUGUCACAAAAGCGAUGUGUCUGGGAAGAGCACCGGGGUUUAGGAAGAGAGAUGUUGAAGAACAAUUUUAUAAUUCUAUCGAGGUGUUGCCUUCUUAG